CCUGAGAGAAGUUCCCAUCAACCCAGAUCUAAAGCAGGGGGAUUUUUUCCUAAGUUUUUCGAUUCUAGUCACACUUUGAGAACAGUAUAAUGCAGGAUAGAAGGAGCUUCAGGUGGCACACAAAGUGGGGCUGCCUAUUGCUAUUGUCAUGCUGUCUGGUGUCAGUCCAGUCUCAUGGAGGCCAACAUGGACAACAGGAUGGUUCACAGGCAGCUCCAGGACACCCACCAAUCACACGUCUGGACAGGAACGUAGUGCAGGACAGAGAGCAUAUUAUGGAGCAUUUGGACGGCGUAAUUGACAAACCAGAAUCAGACAUGACACCUCAGGAGCUCCAGUUACAUUACUUUAAAAUGCACGAUUACGAUGGAAACAACCUGUUGGAUGGCCUUGAGCUCGUCACAGCAAUCACGCACGUGCACAGAGAGGAGAAGGGAGCAGACAGCCAGCCAAUGAAAGAGGAGGAUCUCAUCAGCCUAAUCGAUGACGUUCUGAGAGACGAUGACAAAAACAACGAUGGUUACAUAGAUUACGCUGAAUUUGCCAAGUCACUGGAGUAGAGGGAGACAACCGCCUACCGCCUUACUGUGAACUGAGCUGACCUCCUGUACAGAGAAAUCGGACACAAAUCGACAAACCACUUUCUGUCCUUUGAGAGUACCUCAAAAUGGUGUCCGUGUUACAUGUACCAGAGGAUGAGUUUGACUAAAGUCCUGACUAAAUUAUAGGUGCGUAAACUGCCAAAACCGUCCAAUGAUAAAGAAUUAAUGAAAAAAAGAAGAAACAUAAUUUUGGUUUGAUAUAGCAUAGAUGAUGAAAAAAGGCCUGAGAAAAGGCUUUUUGGGGGACAAAAAAAUAAGAAUUUCUGAGAAAAUGUUGUGCUGGUUUGCGCUGUAAGAUUUUGGUUAAGGAGAACUAGUCUUCUAACAACUCAACCACCACAUUUCUGUGUAAAUGGAAAUGCUUGGGUGAUCUUGAUGACCUGUUCCUGUCACUCUUGUAGUGCAUUGAAAGACAAUGAUAUUGUAUUUAAAUUACAUACAUGAUAAACAAGGUCUUGAACACACACUGUAUUCUUGAGUUUUGGGGUUGAAUGUUGACCAAGAUGGUCUGUUGUGUUCAUCUCCAUUUAAUAUGACCCUAGGUUUGUUUAAUUUAUACCAGAAAGCUAAAUGAUCCUACAUGCGUGUAUGUGGUUAGCAGUGUCACUUACAACACAGUUCAAUUGCCCACAACGAAGUUGUAUUUUUCAGUUGUUUAAGAAAUACAUUGUUUUGGAAAGACACUCUAUCACAGUUUGGUCAGAUGCUUUUCUUUAAGGCCCUUUUAAUCUGUAAAGUAGGUUUACGUAAUGUUAAAACAUUUUGUUACAUAAGAUAAAUUAUAUUUCCAGAAUUUCUAAAUGUUGACAUUUUGUGAAUGAGAAUAAUGAGAAAUGCAUAAUUAUUUUGUCGUAGGAAACUAUUGCAUCAGCUUGUUAAGAUACAGAAACCUGUGUUUUGUGUGUUGAAAACUAUAAUAAAAAUAAUAUCACUU